AUGAUAGCCCACAAUCUCAUCAUCUCCCUCCUCCUCCUUUUCCUCUCCUCCUCCUCCACCGUCCUCGCCCUCCCAGCAUCCACCAUCAACACCGCUGCCAACACCACCUCCAACGCCACCCACCCAUCCAUCCACUACUUCCCCCGCGCACCAGUCGAGUACGCGACCGCCUUCAUCGGCCCGCGCGAGGAAGGUCCCAAGAGAUACUGCACCAACUACGGCCCCGUCGUCGACCAAACCUCCGCGGCCUCCCCGCUCAGCGUGGACUGCAAGCAGAUCGCGAUCAACAUCGGCGCGGGCGGGUCGUGGAAGUGGAUCACGGGCCCCAAGCCCAAGAUCGUGGCCAAGUACGGCACGUGCCUGGUGGGCGUGGACGGCGCGUCGGGCGUGACGUAUGGGAAUUAUCUGCGGGUCGGGAACAUGGACAUCGUGUGGAUGAUUGAGGAGACGCUCAAGCUGCCGUUUUAUAACGGCGAGAAGGUCGGCAGUAAGGGCACAAUGGACUGCAAGCAGGUGAUUAAGCCGGAUAGGAACUUUGCGGUUACGUGGGGGGUUUGGCAUACUUGA